UCCAUGGUAACCAAUCGCCACCGCUACUGUCCCGCACUCGCGCCAACGGGCUGAAGGACCCAGAAGGCGGUGCCCCUCUCCUCUUUUCCGCGCCCUGCACGCACGAGCACGCGAAGGCGGUGGCCCCUCCCUGCCGUAGGCCCAGCAGCUCCAUCCUUUUUUCGCUUUAGAGUUUAGACCCAAGGAUUAGCUUCGAAGACGGAGGAUGCGAUACCCGCCCUCCCCGCUGGGACUCGCGACCCCCCGGAGUUCGUAACAGACGUUCCUCCCCAGAUUUCUCAAAGAAGAUGAAUUUGGCUGAGAUUUGUGAUAAUGCUAAAAAAGGAAGAGAAUAUGCACUUCUUGGAAAUUAUGACUCUUCCAUGGUUUAUUACCAGGGUGUCAUCCAGCAAAUUCAACGGCAUUGUCAGUCGAUCAGAGAUCCAACAUUAAGGAGCAAGUGGCAGCAGAUUCGGCAAGAAUUAUUAGAAGAAUUUGAACAAGUAAAGAGCAUUGUCAACACGUUAGAGAGUUUUAAAAUAGACAAGCCUACAGAUAUUCCUGUAUCUUAUCAAGAUGAACAUUUUAGAGAUCCAAUUGUCUGGCCACCUCCGGUUCCAGCUGAACACAGAGUCCCACCUCAGAUAAAACGACCCAAUCGAGAAGUGAAACCUCUGCGGAGAGAAUUGCCAGGAUUACAACGGGGACCUGUGGGCAGAGCUCAACCAAUAUCAAAAAAUGAAAAAUCUGCUAGUAGUCGAGAGAGGGAAUCUAGAGGAAAAGGGAAGGAUGAAAAGGGAAAGAAGAUCCCCCAGGAUGGUGGUGGUGACAGUGAAAUUCAGAAAUUUGAUGGAACAGGAUAUGAUAAAGAUUUGGUUGAAGCUCUUGAAAGGGACAUUGUGUCAAGAAAUCUAAGUAUUCAUUGGGAUGAUAUUGCAGAUUUAGAAGAAGCCAAAAAAUUAUUAAGAGAAGCAGUUGUUCUUCCACUAUGGAUGCCAGAUUUUUUCAAAGGAAUCAGAAGACCUUGGAAAGGAGUGCUUAUGGUUGGCCCUCCUGGGACUGGUAAAACCAUGCUAGCAAAAGCUGUCGCUACAGAAUGUGGAACUACAUUUUUCAAUGUGUCUUCCUCCACUCUCACAUCAAAAUAUCGAGGCGAGUCUGAAAAAUUAGUUCGUUUGCUGUUUGAAAUGGCCAAGUUUUAUGCUCCUACGACCAUUUUCAUUGAUGAAAUAGACUCUAUCUGUAGUCGCAGAGGCACUGUGGAUGAACAUGAGGCAAGCCGCAGAGUCAAGUCAGAGCUGCUGGUUCAGAUGGAUGGUGUAGGUGGAGCUCUGGAGAAUGAUGAUCCUUCAAGAAUGGUGAUGGUGCUUGCUGCUACAAAUUUUCCCUGGGAUAUUGAUGAAGCUUUGAGAAGGAGAUUGGAAAAAAGAAUUUAUAUACCUUUGCCAACAGCAAAAGGCAGAGUGGAGCUGCUUAAGAUUAAUCUCCGGGAAGUAGAACUGGAUCCUGACAUUAGUCUGGAAGAAAUUGCUGAGAAGAUUGAAGGCUACUCUGGUGCUGAUAUCACUAAUGUUUGCAGGGAUGCCUCAUUGAUGGCAAUGAGGCGACGCAUUAAUGGCUUGUCACCGGAAGAGAUCCGAGCCCUCUCCAAAGAAGACCUUCAGAUGCCUGUCAUGAAGGGGGACUUUGACUUGGCUCUGAAGAAAAUCUCCAAAUCAGUUUCAGCCGCAGAUCUGGAGAAGUACGAGCAGUGGAUGUCAGAGUUUGGAUCUACUUAAUCCUGGAGACAUCUCUUUAUGAAGGAUUUUAGAUUUUUAAUUAUAAAAUAUUAGAGGAUUUUGAAACCUUUUAGGCUUGUGGUUUUCUUUUGGACAAUAUUCCCUUUUUUUUUCCUUUUUGCACUUUUAGGGGAACAAAUAAGAAUGUGAUGUAAUGAGGUUAUAAUAUUCCAUAGAAACUGAGAAAUCCUUGUCUAGUUUUGGUGUUCUGCACUUUAACAGUGAAUGCAUGUGUCCUAUUUUUGUUGACAUAGUUUCAUUUGCUAGUCAGACAUGAGAUUGGAUGGGGAGAAAUUAAAAUAAGUCAUACUGCAUCCUUAAUAUUAGGCUAUAUUUGUCAGAUUAACAUCAGAUCAUGACUUUCUUGAAUGUGGGUAGAUUUUUAUUCUGCCUUUAUACGAAGAUUAUCAGUAAGAUCUGGACCAAAAAUAUUGGGGAUCUUUUUAUGCUGCAUUCAGUUGCUAUGGCUAUAGUGAUGUUUGCUAGAAUUCAGUAAUAAGGCAAAACUGUUUUCGUUUUCUCUAUCUGCUGCCCUCUUGAUAUAUCAGGACUACAGCUCCCAGAAUUUCCAGAAACCUUUGGGAAGGCUAGGAAUUCUGGUAAUUGCAUUCCAACUGCACCUGGAGGGAUAUGAUUCAGGAAGAAUUAAGGUAAAAGGAAAAGGAGAUAUACGUCUCCAAAGGCAGCUCUUGGCAUUAUACCCAUCACUUGUGGAAAUAUGAAAAACAAUUUUGAUCUGUGCAUGUUUACUGUAGCCAGCAGCAGAUUAAAUGCAAUUAGCUCAAUUGCUGCAUCAAAAUCAGAAACAUUAGGAUUUGACUACUUGCUCUGUACUUUGUUAUUUGAAAUUUCAGAACCAUUGUUGUUCUUGUUUGUGGUUUACACCAAUAUAAAUCUACAGCAAUUUCUUCAUACCACUGUGAGGAAAAUAUUAAUUCUUCAACUAUCUUAGUCGUUCCAAUACUGUAUGUUUGUGUAUUUCAAUGGCUAGUGAUUUAACUUACUUUAAUUUAUAUUUUAUGAACACUAGUUGUGUGUUUGCAGUAUAGGAUAUUGAAGUGGAACACAGUGACACUCCAAACUUGAAGCUGUAGAAUUGUCAUUCUUGAAAUCCAGAACCACUCUGUUCCUUUUUUAGAAAAACAAAUCUUUUAAUAUUUGUCAUUGGUUUUUGUGUAACAUUAUGCUAUUUGCAGAUAUAGCAAUGUAUAUUCAUGCCAAGAUUUUUUUUAAUAGUGCAUAUGAGAAAUGUCACAAAACUGUCAUCAUCUGUGAGGUCUAUGUUGACAAGAAGUACAGUUGAGAUCUUGAAGUGAUCUGUAUGGGUGGAUCUGGUUUAUUUAUUUAUUUAUUGUUGAAGAAAGAUGUGUGAUAAUUCAUGGCAGGUUCUGAUUUUGAAUGUGGUUCUAGAAAAGUUAACAUGGAUUGGGAAUUCCAACCGUCUACAUGUCAAGGGAUCACAUCUUGUGAGUUUCAGAUGUUAUGAAAAUCCAAGGUUAAGGUUUUGUUGUCAAAAAUUAGUUAUAUACUCUUUUCUGAUUCUCUAGGUAUUUUUGCACUUGGAGGGAGGUAAAAAUGAUGUCGAUUUUUGACAUCAGCAACAAAAUGGAAAUAGAUCCCUGGCAGCCUUUCUGCCCUCCCUGGUAUAUAUUAAGAAUUAGCUGACAUCUCUUCUUUGUUGAUAUACUUUAGGUUCAUUUUACUUUACUUUAAUUUUUACCUGAACUGCCAAACAGAUAACCCAUAGCCUUUACUUUUGCUUUACAAUGAUGUCAUGCGUCAUUGUUCAUACAUUGUGAUAACCACCUUUUUGGCAGGAUCUUUGGCCAUGUCUACAGUUAUAGAUCAGUAUUAAUAAUGUUAUUUAUAGAGUGUAUUCCUCCCAGGAAAGAGAUAAACUAGCCGAGACAAAUUUGGUUUGGCUCAAUAGGGAAGAGAAAGACCGGUGUGCAAAUGAUAGAGACCUGUUAUGCUACAUAUGACAAAUUAUGCAGGUUGUGUUUACAAGAUAUUGCACCGAUUUCCACUUAACAUUAAAUGUACGUAAUCUGGAAAGUUUGUUGGUAUUUGGUUCCUGCUGCCAGUAGAAGCAGGUAAACAAAUCAGAAUGUCCUAUGAGUACAUGAGAAUAGAGAAUUGUUGUCUUCUCUCUUAAAACCCAUAAGCAUAAUCUUUUUCUAACUAAUUUCUUUCACUUGCUAGAAGAAAGGGCCCAAUCAGUGCUAAACAAACAUAAUGCUAAAUCAUCCUAGUUGGAGUUCCAGUUUUGUUUAGCCACACCCAUUUGAGGAGGAGCCACGUAGGAAUGAUGAAGCAGCAUAAGUAUUCACAGGAGGAAUCAGUUCAAGCCAGAAUUUUUUCAAUUUUAAAUGCAGUUGAAGUCAUCUUGUGUCAAGACUGUGAAUGGUGCAUUGUGUUCAUUUCCAACAAAAGACAAUUUUUACCUUGAACAGAAGAAGUCGUAAUAAAUGUCCUAAUGAUGACUCA